AUGCCUGAGCUCUUACGGCAAGAAUAUGAAGGUCAAAACCAACAGCAGGAUCUGAGUGCCCAUUAUCCCCAAAAUGUUUUGGGAGCUCAGCAACAGCUUCCUCCGGGAAGCCCUUACGCUGAUAUGAAUUGGCAAUACAUGCAACAGCAGCAACAGCAACAGCAACAGUAUCAGCCAAACUGGUCGUACUAUCAGAAUCAGUAUGGCGCUCAAGAGCCUAUUGUUGAAGAACAAAAAGCUUUGCCUCCAAUAAGUGACGAUCCUUAUUAUUCUUGGACCAGUGAUGAAGAAGCCCCUAUUAACAAAGGGGAGAUUUUUCAAAUCUUUGUUGAGCUAGAGCAGCUGUUUGGUUUCCAGCAUGAUUCAGUCCUCAACAUGUUUGAUCAUUUAAUGGUGCAGUUAGACUCCAAAGCUAGUCGUAUGCCGGCACCCCACGCUUUGCUUUUGCUUCAUGCCGAUUACAUCGGGGGAGAAAACGCCAAUUACAGAAAAUGGUAUCUUAGUGCGAUGCUUGAUGAUGAUCCUCAAUUGUGCGACGAUGUUGAUCUCAAAGUGUUGAAGAAGAAUAAGAAGAACAAGAAGAAAGAGAAAGAAAAGGAUACAUUGAAAGACUAUUCGGAGCCAACAUUUCAUCCUAGUAAGAAAACUGACAUUAUUGAAUAUAGAUGGAAAAAACGGUUAUAUGACUGCUCUCCAACUGAUAUGGUUCGCCAUAUUGCUCUUUACUUGCUGGUCUGGGGAGAGGCAAAUAACAUGAGAUUUUGUCCAGAGUGCAUCUGCUUCAUUUACAAAUGUUGUUUUGACUACUAUUUGCAUUACAGUGAAAACCCCUCUGAGCACGAAGCCGUUACUGAAGGUGAUUUUCUCUCAAGAGUCAUAACUCCUCUUUACAACUACCUAAGAGAUCAGCAAUACAAACUGGUUGACGGGGUGUGGAUAACCCGGGAGAAAGAUCAUCAUCAGAUCAUUGGAUAUGAUGACAUGAACCAACUAUUCUGGUACUAUAAAAGUCUUCAGCGCAUAGUUUUGGAAGACGGGCGCAAACUCAUGAAUGUUCCAAAACACGAGAGGUACAAGCUGUUGGGUAAAGUCAGAUGGAAAAAAGCGUUCUAUAAGACCUACAAAGAAAGGAGAACUUGGUGGCAUUUGGCUACCAACUUCAGCAGAAUUUGGAUCAUCCAUGUUUCUGUCUUUUGGUAUUAUUCAAGCUUUAAUUCCCCAACUCUCUACACACACAACUAUGUUCAGCUGUUGAAUAAUCAGCCCACUCCACAAGCAAGAUUUUCCAUCAUGGCUCUCGCGGGAACUAUUUCGUGUUUGAUCCAAAUAAUUGCUACCAUUUCUGAGUGGGCUUUCGUUCCUCGGAUUUGGCCAGGGGCCAAACAUUUAUUCAGAAGAUUGGUAUUGCUUAUCCUUAUCACCAUCAUCAAUUUCGGUCCAUCUGUUUUUAUCUUGGGAAUGAUCCCUCUCAAUACUGUUUCUAGACUGGGAUACAUCCUCUCAAUUGUGCAGCUUGUUAUUUCUAUCCUCACGACCCUGUGGUUUUCCGUCCAGCCUCUUGGUACCUUAUUUGAAUUUGCUCCAGGAAAAAAGGCAAAAGGCUAUGAUGCCUCCAAAGUCUUCACAUCGUCGUUCCCUAAACUGACUUCUAGAGGAAAAGUUUUGUCUAUUAUGCUUUGGAUCUUGGUUUUCAGCGCCAAGUUUGUUGAGUCUUACUUCUUCUUGACUUUGUCUUUGAGAGAUCCAAUACGGAAUUUGUCCAUUUUGGAUUUCAGUCGAUGUCAUGGAGAGGCUUACUUUGGUGCUGUACUUUGUCGUCAUCAAGCAAAAUUUGUAUUGAUACUGAUGAUCUUGACAGAUCUAGUGCUCUUUUUCUUGGAUACCUACCUAUGGUAUAUCAUUUGGAAUUGUGCCUUCUCCCUCUCAUUGUCCUUCUUCAGUGGAAUCUCAAUCUUGUCCCCUUGGAGAAAUGUCUUCAGCAGGCUUCCGCAACGGAUUUACUCGAAACUAUUAUCUACCGCAGAUAUGGAAGUCAAAUUCAAACCAAGUAUGUUGGCUUCCCAAGUCUGGAAUGCAAUUGUCAUUUCUCUUUACCGUGAACAUUUGUUAUCCGUGGAUCAUGUUCAUCGUCUCAUUUAUGAUCAAAUUCCAGAUGAAGCUGAUGGGAAGAUAGCAUUGAGAACUCCCUCUUUUUUCUUGUUCCAAGACGACAGUACGACAACUUUGCAGGAUUUCUUUGUCCCUAACUCAGAGGCCGAAAGAAGAAUUUCAUUCUUUGCACAAUCUUUGUCUACUCCAAUUCCUGAGCCUAUUCCUGUUGAAGCGAUGCCUACAUUCACAGUGUUGAUUCCACAUUAUUCUGAGAAGAUAUUAUUGGGCCUCAAAGAAAUUAUUAAAGAGGAUCCAAGUUCCAAAAUAUCCCUUCUUGAAUAUUUGAAGCACAUGUUACCACAUGAAUGGGAUUAUUUUGUUAGGGAUACUAAAAUCAUCUCUUUCAGCGAAGAGGAACAAACCCCGGGAACUACUGUGAAAUCGGAAAAGGAUUUCAUUGAGAACAAAAUCAGCGAUUUACCGCUCUAUUGUAUUGGAUACAAAUCUUCUGCCCCCGAAUAUGUUCUUAGAACCAGAAUUUGGGCAAGUUUGAGAUCGCAGACCUUAUAUCGUACAAUCUCUGGUUUCAUGAACUACAGAAAGGCGAUCAAGUUACUUCACAAGGUCGAAAAUCCAGAGAUGAUUGAGAUGUUUGGUGGAUCAUCAAAUGCGGAGGACUAUUUAAACAGGAUCGCUGAUCGGAAAUUCAGACUUCUAGUUUCCAUGCAAAGAUAUCAGAAAUUCAGUGAGCAAGAAAAGAAGGAUGUGAGAGUACUGUUAAAUGCGUAUCCCGAAAUCUAUGUUGCAAGUCUUGAGCAAGAAAUUCCAGAAGGUGGUAUUGAGACUGACGUCAAAUACUAUUCAGUUCUUUAUCAGACAGACAGCAAUAGUGAAGAUGGUGAACUCCAACAAAAAUACAAGAUUCAACUUUCGGGAAACCCUAUUCUUGGUGACGGAAAGUCAGAUAACCAGAAUCACAGUCUCGUGUUUUAUCGUGGAGAGUAUAUUCAAGUCAUUGAUGCAAACCAGGACAACUAUUUGGAAGAAUGUCUUAAAAUCAGAUCUGUUUUAUCUGAAUUUGAGGAAUUGGAUUAUGAUACUACCAAUCCGUACAUUCCGUCAGUUCCAUACUCAGGAGAGACGCCUGUUGCUAUCAUUGGCGCAAGGGAAUAUAUUUUCUCCGAAAAUACAGGUGUUUUGGGUGAUGUUGCUGCGGCCAAAGAGCAGACUUUUGGUACCUUGUUUGCUCGUACUCUGGCUGCUAUCGGCGGAAAACUUCACUACGGUCAUCCAGACUUCCUGAAUGCGAUCUUCAUGACUACUCGUGGAGGUAUCUCGAAAGCUCAAAAGAGACUUCAUUUGAAUGAGGAUAUCUAUGCAGGAAUGAAUGCGGUGAUUCGAGGAGGAAGGGUCAAACACUGUGACUAUUAUCAAUGUGGAAAAGGAAGAGAUCUUGGAUUCGGUACCAUUUUGAAUUUCACGUCAAAGAUUGGUGGAGGUAUGGGUGAACAGAUGCUUUCUAGAGAAUACUACUACUUGGGUACACUACUUCCAUUGGACAGAUUCUUAUCAUUCUACUACGCUCAUCCAGGAUUCCACAUUAACAAUUUGUUCAUCAUGCUGUCACUUCAACUAUUUCUGCUAGUGAUGGUCAAUCUUGGUUCCAUGAACCACGAGUCUAUUCCAUGUAUCUACGACAAGGAUGUUCCGAUCACAGAUCUCCAGAUCCCAGUGGGAUGUCAAAAUUUGCAACCAGUUCUUGAUUGGGUCACAAGAUAUGUGCUCUCAAUUUUCAUUUGCUUCUUUAUCUCCUUUGUCCCGUUGGUGUUCCAUGAAUUGUCUGAAAGAGGCGCAUGGAAAGCGUUCAGUCGUUUGUUUUUCCAUUUCCUUUCUCUGUCUCCAUUAUUUGAGGUGUUUGUUUGUCAAGUUUAUUCCAACUCUUUGAAAAAUGACAUUGUUUUCGGUGGAGCAAGAUACAUUUCAACUGGAAGAGGAUUUGCGAUUGUGAGGAUUCCUUUCACAAGACUUUAUUCAACAUAUGCCAUCAGCUCUAUUUAUUCCGGCUCAAGACUAUUCCUAAUUUUGCUUUUUGGAACUGUCACCAUGUGGCAGCCAGCAAUCCUUUGGUUCUGGAUCACGUUGGUGUCCUUGUGUCUUUCUCCAUUUAUUUUCAAUCCGCAUCAGUUCGCGUGGACAGACUUCUUCUUGGACUACAGAGACUUCAUCAGGUGGCUCAGUAGAGGAAACUCGAAGUGGCACAAAAACUCAUGGAUUGGGUUCACUAGAUUCUCUAGAUCCAAGUUCACUGGAUUCAAGAGAAAGAUUAUGGGUACUAAUCUGGAACAGGCCAAGUACGUUCCAGUCAAUAUUCAUCGUGCUCCAUUUGGAAACACAUUCUUUGCUGAGGUGAUCGUUCCACUAUUCCAGACGGUGUGUAUCUUCAUGGCUUAUACUUUCAUCAAUGCUCAGACUGGUGUCAAAGAUCCUCGGCCAGUGAAUUCAAUUUUGAGGCUUGCGAUCAUUGUCUUCGCUCCCCUCGUGCUCAACGUUGUGAUUCUGAUUGCCAUUUUCCCGCUGUCCUGCUUUGCUGGUCCUGUUUUAAGUCUAUGUUGCAAAAAAGCACCGAACGUUUUAGCUGCCAUGGCUCACGGAUCAGCUGUUAUUAUGCAUGUGAUAGUGAUGGAGGUCGUUUGGUUCCUCGAAGGGUGGAACUUUUGUCGGUUCCUUUGUGCAUUUACUUGCUCCUUGUAUGUUCAAAGAGUGAUAUUUCAAGCGGUGAAAUUGAUGCUCCUUACCCGUGAGAUCAAGGAAGAUUACACCAAUCGGGCAUGGUGGUCAGGUAAAUGGAUUGGAAGCGAUCUAGGUUGGUAUGCAGUCACGCAACCGAUGAGAGAAUUGAUUGUUAAGACGGUGGAGAUGUCAUUAUUUGCAGCCGAUUUCGCCAUUGGACAUCUGAUUUUAAUCGUGUUCACGCCUAUCCUGUUUGUUCCAUACAUUGACCACUGGCACUCGUGCAUGCUGAUGUGGUUGAGUCCAUCCAGAUAUCUAAGAGGACCAAUCUACACUACGUCUCAAAGGAAAAUUCGCUCUAGAGAGGCUACCAAAUACGCCUUUCUGUUUUUCCUGAUUAUCCUAUUAUUUGCUGCUAUUGUCUUGAUACCUGUGCUGGUUGACUUAACUCUGGCAGACUCUAUUGCGGAGUAUGUGCCAGAGGACUUUUACGGAUUGAUACAACCUAACCGCCAGGAGAACAACGACACUGGUGAGAGGGCACCUCCAUAUAUUCUGAGAGACAAACCACCUAUAGAAACGUUCAGCACCUAUUGGAUUUGA